AUAUUGUCAAUCAGUUCUAAAGAGGCUUUGGAUCCUUCAAACAGUACAGUAAAAUCUCGUGAUACUUUUGAUACUAAAAAUCCUAGAAGCAAAUUUCCUGUAAAAAAUGGGUGUCAUAUGUCUUUUGCUGAAAGCGAUUUUGGUGAGCGUGGAGUAACAGUGGCCCACGACCCGAAGCGUGCGAUUUCUGAAGAAACCGAAAAUUCUUUUAAGAAUGAUUGCAAGAAAGCAAGUAGAUACAAGAUAGAGAGUAAUUUUAGUAAUAAGGAAGUGAUUUUGGACAAAUCGGGUUAUGAUUUUUCAGAUUCAAAUAAUGUGGAUCAUGAACCUAUUUACAUAAGGAGUGUUAUUUUUGCACAAGAUAAUAACGUUGAGCAAGAGGUUCAUUCCUUGCCUGAUUUUAAUGAUACGAAUUUUGGGUCUAAUGCAUCUUUGAGCAGUGUUUCAGAUAGUUCUGAGAAAAUUGGCUUAAACAAAGGAAGUGUCGAGCCCGUUAGGGAGCGUGGAGAUCCCGACACGUUCAAGAUUUGCAAAUCUGAAGAGAGCCCAGCCGCAUGUGAAACUCAGGAUGGGGAUUUUCACAACAUACAAAUAUUCCCUACGGAAUUCGUAAGUUCUAUUGAAGAAAAUGGUAAAUAUGAUCAUUUUGAUCAGCAAGAAACUAGAAUAGAGGCAUCAAAACUCGAACACGAGUUCAAAAUUUUCACGGUAACAAGCGAUGAACUUGAACUUACGCGUGGUUAACGCGUUUCAGGUAAACAAGGUGAGCGCAGAGAUUUUCAAAACAUUGACGCCGCCAGUCGCGAAGUUUACAAAUUCAAGAAAAGGAGUGAGGAAAAGCGAGGCUGCAUUACUACGAAUUACACGGAUGAUGCCAAAUCGGAGUUCAAUAAGAAAGUCGGUUCGAAAAUUAAUGAUUAUUUUAAUGGAUCCAAGAUGGAUCAUGAUUUUUCUUGGAGGAGAUUGCCUCCCAAGAAUUGGAGAUUUAAGAGGAAAUUCGAUCCUAAGGGAUAGUAUCAAUCCAGAAUUUUUGGUAUCAAAACGUGUGACUUUCUUAUCCUAAUGACGAUGUUUUAUUUUUUUACAGAAUACGGUAAUAUAUUCUUUGAUUUUCAGAUUUUUUUUUGUUGGUUUAAAUUUUACUCUUCUUAACGGACUUUUCCGAAGGUCGGUGAAUCAAGAAUUAUACAUAAAAAAAAUGGACCAUUUGUUUACUGGAAAGUCCAUCUAAAAAAAAGAAGAGGUUGCAAAAGUAAGCUUUUAAGAGGAUAGCUUCAACAUUCCUUGAUCGUCUUAUGUUUGGAGAAAAGAUGAAUAUUUUUUUUUCUCCUGGAAAAUGUUAUUCGUUUUAGCUCCGUCUCUUUUCCUCCUAUCUUUCACGGUCCUCUUCGGUUUAUUCAGAAUGCAUGCACGUACUUGAGUUUCAUUUUUACUUAUUUUUAUUACUCUUGACUUUUUCAUGCUUUUUGUACAUGCUUAAUAUGUUUGUUGUGUAUGUGUUGCAUGUGCCGGUACAUAUAUGUUGCAUUGCACGAUUUCUGUAAUUGCGCGAUCAAGAUGG